AUGCCUGGGGAUCAGAAUUCGGUCGGUGCAUCCUCCAACGGACCGGCUCCCACUCCUCAAUCAUUUGCUUCUUUGACAAGCAACGGCAACGGUGUCAAGUCCUAUCUCGCAACAACAGCCGCUUCUGCAAAUUAUGCAAUGGCCGCCUCGAGCUUUCUCCCUGCGCAGCAUCGGACUCCGGCGAUAGGCAGCGGCUUGGGUACCUACCCGCCUGCCCUGCCAAAGGCCGACUCUUUUGACGCCAACGGCAAUGGCCACGCGACCACCCCCCUCGGCACUCCGUUCUCUACCACCCCGCCCACCCUCUCCGCCGCCGUCAUCCGGAACCUCCCCAACGACACGGACGAGAAGUUGUUGCGCGCCAUGCUCGUGUUCUCCAAGGACCUCGCCAGCAUCGAGUUCCUUCCCGACGACAAGGGCUUUCGCGCUGCUCACUUGAAGUUCAAGAGCCCCGCCGGCGCGCUCGAGGUCAAGAACAAUCUUGACGGCAAGUCCAAUCACUCCAACGACGCCGACAUCAUUGUCGAGAUCAUUGGCCCGACGAGCCCCUCGUCCAUGGGCAAGCGAUACCCGAGCGACGCGACCCUCCCGGUUGGCACACCCGCAACGGUCUCUGGCGGCCCCCCGACUGCGCCGUCGUCGCGCCAGCAGUCGCGAUUCAAUAGUCACUUCCACACUAUUGAGAAGACAGCGGUGGGAAAUGGCGCAUACGCUGGUGACUUUCGAACGGCAGACGGCCGUUUUGACGUCUUUGGUCCUCAGUCGCCCAUCGGAACGCACCCGAACGAGCGCAACGGCAUGCUGGGCAAGUCGAUGAUUGACGCCACGAAUGACGAUGAGGACACGGCGCAACUUCUCGGGAAAACCCACCUGUUUGCCGAGAGCGGCCUGCAACGCCGACAGACUGCUCCGCACAUCCCUAUCACGUCGCGCAUGGCAAAUAUGUCUCUGAACAUCAACACGCAGUCUGUCCAACCGAUCGGUCAGUAUGGUAAUCACCAGGGCUUCGCCACCAUGUCGCCAAGCAUGAUGACCUCGGUCGGCGGAUUUCCCUUACCCCAACAAUACAGGACACACAUGCCGCCCGCUAACCCAGCCGAUCAAAACCCGCCCUGCAAUACCCUCUAUGUUGGCAAUCUCCCGGUCGAUACGUCCGAAGAGGAGCUCAAACAGCUGUUCUCGAAACAGCGGGGUUACAAACGGCUUUGUUUCCGCACCAAGCAGAACGGACCCAUGUGCUUUGUAGAGUUUGAGAACAUCACCUUUGCCACAAAGGCGCUCAAUGAGCUGUACGGUUUCCAGCUCCACAACAGUGUCAAGGGAGGAAUCCGUCUGAGCUUCUCCAAGAACCCGCUUGGUGUUCGCACAGGUCAAGUGCCCGGCCAAAGCGGUCAAGGAGCACUGAAUGGGCCGAACGGGGGACACGUCGGAGCCAACGGCUUCACCACAGCCAGCGGGCCGCCCCCAGGUCUCCCGGCACAGCCUCCUCCAGGUUUGGGCCUGAACAGAGCCGGGUUCUCGAGCUCGCCCGGGCUUUCCAACCCGUACUCGUCUCCGACCUACUCGAGUCCCUCCACAGAUGUUUAUGAUCAGUGGAACAACAACCUCAUGUACGGCAACGGCAACAGCGCACACAUGGUGGGCGCCAACGGCAACAACGGGUACAUGAUGGGCUCGAGCGCGACCUAUCCCAGCCACAUGAUGGGUAGAUGA